UCAACACAAUUUUCCACGUUCAGCCAUAAACCACAAGUUUCUUUUUUCAUCGAUGACCAGGCCAUCAUCCGAGUGGUGAAGAUGUUUUCUCUGUGACCUUACAAACUGAGGAGGUGAUCCUGCCCAUAGCUUUGCAUGCUGAUUUCCAUGUGUUCCAUUCAUGGCAGUGAAUGUGUUCAGACCCCUCCAGAGUCAUAUAGAGGCAGACACAGGAGCGGACUUGAUGCUGCGGACGCCGAUAGGAGAGAUGGCUAUAAAAUUUUGUUGCUUUUCUCAGGAGCCUGUGGACGAUGUGGACUCCUGGGGCGAGUCUAUCGAGAAGCUUCUGGACUCUAGAUCGGGACAGUUGGCUUUCCAGGAAUUCCUAAAGUCAGAAUACAGUGAGGAAAAUAUUCUCUUCUGGCUGGCAUGUGAGGAAUACAAAAAGAUCACGAGUGCACCAGAGAUGAUCAGCAUGGCAAACCAAAUCUACACUGAGUUUGUGCAAACUGACGCACCCAGACAGGUCAACAUUGAUUCUGGGACUCGAUCAAACAUAACAAACAACAUCUCAGAGCCAAACCUGAACUCAUUUGAUGCCGCACAGAAGCACAUCUUCAGUCUAAUGUCGAGGGAUUGCUAUCCCAGGUUUCUGAAGUCUGACAUCUACAGGGCCAUUCUGCAAAAGCACGACAAUAGCUGACUUCAUAAUGGUACACUGUUACUAUUGCCAGUAAUGACUUGUAAAUUUAAAUUUUAUAUUUGGUAAGCACGAUCUUUAUUAGUUUUGGACUGAAAUAGCUCUAGUUUCAUCGUUUCACCGUAAACAUCAAAUCUGAAGUAAUAAACUGACAGACCCCUAAUGCAUGUCCUACAUACAGUAAAUGUCUCUAAAUAAUGUUUGUAACAUUUGGGCUUUUCUGAAUUUUAUGCACUUUUAUAUAAAGAGCUAUAUGUUGAUUUUACAGUGUAAUGUAAAAAUAUUGAUGCACCACAAAAAUACUUCACAAAUCAUCCUAUGUAGGAUUUAUUUGUUGUGUUAUGGGCCUGAACUAAUUCAGCCAGUUCCUUGUUUUCCUUGUUAUAAACACUUUUGAGAAACAGUGAUUAAGAAUUUCAAGACAAUAACUGCACAAAACUAUAGAUUUUUUCUAAUUUCUCUAACUUGUACAGCCAAUACAUCUACACUUCACUUAUUUAACAGUGCAAUUUAUGGAGAUGUUAAUUACCAAGCAAUGUUUAAUAUAAAUGAUAAUGUAAUUUUCUUUUUUAUGUUUUUUUUUUUUUUUUUUGCAAAUAUAUUUGGUUUGUUUUUCUUAUGAAUGAUGUUGUCAUGACU